AUGACAACAGAAGUUAAAAGUCUCGAAGGAAAAAAUAUAAAAGACGGAAGAGAGGAUGAUGAGCACCCUAAAACUAAACAGAGACGCAGUCGAACCAAUUUCACCCUAGAGCAGUUAAAUGAACUGGAGAGAUUAUUUGAUGAAACCCAUUAUCCAGAUGCCUUCAUGAGAGAAGAACUGUCACAGAGACUCGGACUAUCUGAAGCAAGAGUUCAGGUCUGGUUCCAGAACAGGCGCGCAAAAUGUCGCAAACACGAGAGUCAGAUGCAGAAGGGUCUAUUGGUAGGGACUGGUUUAUUGAUGCAUUCACAAGGUACACCAUUAGACCCAUGUCGUGUUUCACCAUUUGUAAAUCUACCCAACAAAACUUCUAGCAUAGCAGACUUGAGAUUGAAAGCGAGACAACAUCUUGCUAAUCUCGGUAUGUGA